UUUGUUAUUGUUGCCUUCAGUGAUCUGGUCAGCUUUCCAUUAAAUCCUACAGUGAUCUGACUGGUGACCUGUUGAAGAAGUCCAAGCUGUAUCUCACUGUUCCUCUACCAUUUCAGAAACAGGAAACAGGUUUGCUGUUUGUCUAUCUGCUCCGUGACUUCCUGACUUCAAUCACCAAAAGAGUUCUUCCAGACAAUGGCUUUCUUUUGUUUGGCUGACUUUCAAGCAUAUGCCAAAGACAAUCUUCCCAAGUCUACUUGGGAGUUCAUCGAAGGAGGAGCUGAUGAAUGUAUCACAAGAGAUGAGAAUAUCUCAGCAUAUAAAAAAAUUCAUCUUCGUCCCCGUUAUCUGAGAAAUAUGUCUGUGGUAGACACCAGGACCACAAUUCAAGGGUGUGAGAUCAGCUUUCCAGUCUGCAUUGGGCCCACUGGUUUCCAUUGUCUUUGUUGGCCUGAAGGAGAAAAGAGUACAGCUAAAGCUGCACAAGCCAUGAAUAUCUGCUAUGUCACCAGUAGUUUUUCCACUUGCACUUUUGAGGACAUUGUGGCUGCUGCCCCCAAUGGCCUUCGAUGGUUUCAACUGUAUAUACAACAUGACCGGCAACUAACAAAGAAGCUGAUCCAGCAAGUGGAAGCCCUCGGCUACAAAGCUCUGGUCCUCACUGUAGACACUGCUGUUUUGGGGAACAGAUUACAAGAUAAUCGCAACAAAUUCUCUUUGGGAACAUUUAUACAGAUGAAAACCUUCCAUGUGAAUAUUGAGGAAAAUGCAGAGACUCUCCUCCCAAUCUCAGGCAUUGAUUCAUCAAUCUGCUGGAAAGACCUUGCCUGGAUAAGGACCAUAACACAAUUACCCAUCAUCCUGAAAGGAAUUUUAACAAGGGAGGAUGCUGAACUGGCCCUAAACCACAAUGUGCAGGGCAUUAUUGUCUCUAACCAUGGUGGAAGGCAGCUGGAUACAAUUCCAGCCACAAUUGAUGCCCUGACAGAAGUUGUAAAUGCUGUGAAAGGAAGAAUAGAAGUUUACUUAGAUGGUGGCAUCCGAACUGGAACAGAUGUACUAAAGGCACUAGCACUUGGUGCAAGGUGUAUUUUCCUUGGAAGGCCAAUCCUGUGGGGUCUCACUUACAAGGGUGAAGAGGGAAUUCAACAACUCUUGAACUUAUUAAAAAAGGAGUUCUAUAGAUCCAUGGCCCUUACAGGCUGCCAUUCAGUUUCAGAGAUCAGCCAAGACUUAGUAAAAUUCUCCAGGCUAUAAGAGGUGACCUUUCCAAUGAUGAUCUGAGGAAUGGAUACAUCAAGUGACCAUAUGGAUGCUCUAUCCUUACACCUAUGCAUGUACAUGCACAUACACACACCAAAACCUAGCCAGGGGAAACAGCUCAUCAAGCCAGCUGUGCCACUGAACUGGAUUUCAGGAGCAAGAGGACCAGGAUCAACAAGAACUGGGAUAUUGGGAUGGUCUAGUUAUAAGCCCAACUAAUUGAUUUCCUCCUUUCUUGUCAAGGAAUGACUGAUUUUCCCAUCAGUUGAAGUUCUGGUUCUGUUGGCAUAUCUUGUACCCAGAAACCAGACUGGUCAACUUGGGCUUCCCAAUGAUAAUUAAAAUAUUUGCAACAUUAACAAUGUAGUGCUCACUUUGGAAGGGGAAGAAAGGGACCAGACAAAAAGUAGUACUCAUCCAGGAUCAUUUCCAUCAUUAGUGGUCAGAGGGUCUCAAAUUCCAAGGAUCUAAUCACUAAAAGGAAAAUUCUUCUUUCAAUAUUUGAAGACUAUUUCUCUUUCUGACUUCACAAAAAAUGUGUAGGCAAGCUUCCAAAUGGCUCUCCAGAAGACCUUCACUAAUACACAGAUGUCACAGAGUCUUCAUAAGCCUCAAUUUAUCAUCCAGAAAUAGUCCAUACCCAAGAUCCUGCCUUCUAAUCUAAACAUAAAGAAAACAUUGAUUAACUAUGUAUUCUUUAAUAAUAGUUUGGCUCAAAAGUGGCUGUUAUUUCUUGGAGCUUUAGAGGAUACUGCAAUAAUAUAGAUGAGAACACAAAUAUCUUGCUUACAUUUGUAAAAAUUUUCUCUUUCCCAUUCAACUUAGUCUUUUCAUUUUCAACAAGCCAGAGCUACCCUUAUUACUCCUACUAAUUGAUGGAGUAUUGGUUAUGGAGUCAGGGACAGCUGGUUUCAAAUCCUCCAUGUUUAAGGGAACAAAAAACUGGAAAUUGAGAGGAUGUCCAUCACUUGAGGAAUGGCUGGAUAAGUUAUGACAUAUAAUUAUGAUGGAAUACUAUUGUGCCUUAAGAAAUGAAAAGCAGAAUGCUUUUUUAAAUAUGGAAAUACCUACAAGAAAUUAUGAAAAGCAAAAUGAGUAGAAAUAAGAAAACGUUAUAUAUAGCUACAGAAUUAAAGUUUGGAGAAUAAUUUGUGAACUUCAACCUCCAGAGAAAGAACUGAUGCAUAGAAACACAAAAGACAUAGUUUAUAUAUGUGUAUAUUUUUCUGUCAAAUGAUUCUUUAUCUAGUGUGGGAAGGAGAGAGAGGAAGAUACCUGGGAAUUUUAAUGUGACAAACAAAUUAAUAAUAAUAAUAAUAAUAAACCCUCCAUUUUAUACUUGCUGGCUGUAUAACCAUGGACAAAAAUCAUUUAAUAUUUUGUGGCUUUCAGUUUCUUCACAUGUAAAAUCACAAUAAUAAAACCCAUCUUACCUAC